UAUAAGAUCCAGCAAAAAGGCACAUCUGACCUGAGCUUUCCUAUUGGAUCAACAAUCAUGUUCUUGUCAAGAUCAAAAAUUAUGUUUCUUCUCCUGUUCUCAAGUCUCCUCACCCUCUCCUCCUGCCUUUCUCGUCAGUAUUAUUUUGUGAAUGUGAAUAAAAACUGGACUGAGGCACAGGCGUUCUGCAGACAGAGCUACAUUGACCUGGCCACAAUUGAGAAUGAUAACGACCAAAGUAGCGUCAUUGCUGCUGUAAAUGGCAGCUAUAAUUCUCAAAUCUGGAUCGGGCAGUAUGAGGAUGUGCAGAACAGCUGGAGAUGGUAUUUGGAUGAUGAUGCUUUCUAUGGGGUGGGCGAGAGGAAUUACAGGAACUGGGGCUCAAAUGCACCAGAUAAUAACGGUGGAAAAGAAAUGUGUACACAAAUGAUGAGUAACGGAUUUUGGAAUGAUGUGAAUUGUAACCUUUUAGCAAAAUUCAUUUGUUACAAUGGGUCCAGCAACAGUAAUAUUAUGAUCAGUCUGAGUAUGAAUGUCUCUGAUGCUCGUCAGUACUGCAGACAGUACUACACAGACCUGGUCAGCAUCAGGAAUGCAACAGAGGAUCAACAGAUUUUUAACUUAGCAGCAGGACAAGCAGUUUGGAUCGGUCUUUACAGAACUAGACUAUGGUCAGACCAGAGCAACUCCACUUACGGGAACUGGCUAACUGGAGAACCAAAUAAUAUGGGAGGAAAUGAACACUGCACCGCAAUGUGGAUGUAUUAUUCUGGUCUAUGGAAUGAUUCUCCUUGUAAUUUUGCAUACCCCUUCAUCUGCUACAGAUUAACACUGUCCACACCUUUCACCACAGAAACAGCGACCACCACAUCCACCACAGUACAAAUUUAA